CUUCUCGAUCCUGGAUAAUUCUCCCCUCCUUUCCCUCCUUCUCAUCCCCACCCCCUUUACACGCAUCGUCAUGAGGUACCAACGCCUCCUCCUCGCUCCCUUUGAACUCCUGCUUGCCACCACCCUCCUCGGUCUUUUACUCACAACUUGCGCCUCCGCUUCCCGACACGCUGGUCUCAAUCGUCAGGGCGACGGUGCUUGGGCUUUCGCCGAUGACGCAGAUGACUUCUCGUCCUAUGAUAUCCCGGACUUUACGCCCUGGUCACGUCCAGUCCAGUCUGCUUCGCACACUACCGCAUCCAGCGCCUCGGCGACCAGCCAUCACCUGAAUGCGACGUCAGCAUCGCCUAUUACACCUUUUCCUCAGCCGACAUCUCAUACCGCCUACGAUCCCCCCUCGUCGCCUUCAGACAAUGGUGCACUCCUGUCGCCGCCUGACUUCCCCGAACAGCAGCACACCAUGACGGCGGAGCAGCUGGCAGCAGAUAGGUGGUCUACGACACUAAAGCUCUCGAGCUCGCAGAUCGACUUCAGUACGCUGACAGGCGAUCUGCUCCCGAUGAUUCUGGCAGCGUUCUCGAUUCCAGCGUCAGUCUGGCUCAAUCUCCACAGAGCCAACACCAAGCAGCCUCAGUCACUCUUCAAUUCACACCUGCCCAUCUUUGGCUCGAUCCUCUUCGGCCUAGGCGCUCUCGUUCAACAACUUCGCGGCCCUCAGCAGCUCGAGUACCAUGCCAACCUGACGAGCACCUCAGCGGCUCUGAGCUACCUCACUGCCGUUCUCACCGGCUCCGCCUGCUUGCCUAUUCUCCUGUGGCUGGUCCUCUUCCAUCCGGCGCCCACUGCAGCAAUGAUCCUCGUCAAGCAAGGCAGUAGGCUGCCUCUCAACUUCACGUGGCUUUCCAGUCUCGGCCGUCGGCCACUCACCAUGGCGUGGAAGACGACUCAUCAGUGGCGUUCGCCUGCCUUUGACCCGACACGCGCUGGUCUCCUUUUACUCGCUGUCUUGGUUCCCGUUCUCGAGGUGGCAUGGCGCUGCGCCUUCGUCCAUCAUUAUCAGCAAGGCCUUCGACUCCAGCAUGCCAGCGCUAUCAUGCAACUGCUCUUUGCAGCAGUCCGGAGCUUCACGCUCUUCGUUGACGCGCGCAAGGCUCUGCCUCGUGGCGGUACGCUGAAGGCGCGACUGUUGGCCAUCGCGGCCGUCGAAAUGUCGCUGCUGCACUCACUAGUGAGCAAUAUCGUUAGCCUCUGCAUCCCGGUCAGCAUAGAGGCACCCUUCUUCCGCAACCUUCGCGCUUUGGAGUACCUCGGCUACCUCUUCGCCUCUCUGCUACUACACCACGCCUGUCUCCGCUUGGAUUGCGAGCCCAUCCGCCCACCCACAACGCAGCGGCGCAGUCCAUCCGCUGGCCAGCCGUGGCCGAACCUCGAAUCACCAGCACUCAGCACUCCCUCUUCAGCUGGAUCUCUGCAGGUGCCGUUCUCUCGCUACCACCACCACAAUGCUGCGAGCGGAGGCACGCUCAAUCAAGCUGGUCCGCAAGACGUGCGAAGGUUAUCAAAGCGAAUUCAGCCACCUGGACUCCUGGACCAUGUACAGAUCCGUGGAACUACGGAAAUUAGGAUCUCAUCUUCCUCUUCGAGGCCGGCUGCACCGAUUGCCUUGGAGGAAAGCACAGCGGACGGAGCCAUCUCGCCUCCUUUCGACUUCGACGAAGAUCACGAUGACAGCUUUCCCGAGCAGAUGCUUUCCCCCGUCUCAACGGCAACAGCUCUACGUCCCGCUGACAAGAGCAGCAAUGAGCCCCUCACGCCCCAACCGGGCAUCCCUCUCCCGCCUCUGCCUAACACGGUACGUCGCAAACCUGCGCCCGCCUUCCCCUACCCUCCGGCCGCAGCACGCCGAAAGCCCUGGGCCACCCCGCGUCUAGCCUCUCUCGUUCGACCUGCCUCCACUCCGAGCUCUCGGGACUCAUCGGGCUCUGCACUUCUGAUGCAAGACCUCGACGCCUUCCCGAAACCUCCUGUCACGUCGGCUCCCUGGUCCAAACGCCUCGCACGCAACCUCUCAGCUGCUGCCACGGCUCGACGUCGUAACAAGAGCAAGACGAGUCAGCACAGCGACAUCGACGCAGUUGCCGCUGCGGCGCUCUCCUCUACUUCCAUCUUGGGACAGCGCGAACAGGCGGAAGGAGUCAGCACAGUACCCACUUCGUGGGCUGCAUCUGAGGCUCGUCCGGAGACGGCAGACACCCAUCGAACGCACGUCACGGUCACUAGCUUCUUCAAUUGGCAGCAGGCCCAUCAGCACCUGGCUCAGCAGACUCAGCAACAGCCGCGCAAAAGCGGGGACACUGGCCAGAGCACAAUCAAUUUGAGAUCAUCCAACGGCUUUCCCGCUGUACCUGGCCGCGCCUUCUUUGGCCACAGCAACAGCAACGGUACCACUAGCUCCCCGCCUCGCCUUUCUGCCGCAAGCCCGUCUUGCCAACAGCGAGGUGGACACAGUUCCGCUUCUGGUGACUGUGGCGAGCGAUCCACUUCACACUUUCCCUGGCGCGACUCUGCUCUCCUACGCAACAGAGCAGGUGGUGGAGCAAGCAAGGCGGGAGAGAACCCCUUUACCGCUGCAGCGGACAGCGACAACGAAGAAGAGGCUCAGCUCGACGUUCAAGCCGACCCAACAUCCUCAUCUGCCCUGCCAACUCCUCUCCUCACCCCAGACAGCGAAGAGAGAGCUGAUCCUGUCCUCUCUCUCGCCAGCAAGAGUCGCAACCGCAGCAGCACGCGCACCAGCGUCGCGACUACCACUACGUCCCUCUCGCUCGGAUCGCUCGCCCGCACCCUGUCCCCGGCAAUUCCGAGCUCAGUCUGUGCCACCAGCACAACGCUGCAGAAUUGCGCUGCUGCUCGAGGUUCCGCUGUGGAGAGUGAUACGCACACUCGAAGAGAUGGCCAGGAAGUUACGGCGGGCCAGGACGUGCAAGAGGAAGUGGAUGAGGCAUUCGUGACGCCAGCAACGAAGCCGGCUACGCCUGCUGAAAGAGGAUGAACGCUGCUCAGGUCACCGUGACAUCACGAUACGACACUGUGGCACCCGUGAUCGUAUCACCUCUUCGGGCGCCUCAAGGCACAGCAGCCCCUUUCAUGGCCAACCGAGACACGACGGCCUUCUUCCACGUCACUGUCACACUACGCCCCCUUCGAUACAAUGGCAUCGUCCCACUACGCAGCUAUUCACGUUCUACUCCGACUCUCCCACACCCCUGUUCUACAGCUGCAUCGUAACCCCCUCACCGCCCAUCCCCCUCUCCUCCCGCAACCACACGACAUCGCGAUACCGUACCUUCCACUCCUUUCAGUAAUCUCUCGCCGCUCACUCUUUCCCCCUCUCUUUCUCGUGUCUCGAUAGAGCUAAUCUACUCAAUG